CGUACGGUCGCCAUAUUUGUUUCAUCGCUUGCCGUGAGAGUCGGUCGUUGACGCCAUUUCAUAAAAUAAUUGUAUUUUCUAAGUGAAACACGGAUUUUCCCUGUUAAAUUGAUAGACUUGUGAUAACAGUUAAAUAUAACAAUCAAGAUGAGUUACGGGAGGCCUCCGCCGCGUAUUGACGGCAUGGUGUCUUUGAAGGUGGAUAAUUUGACUUACCGCACGACUCCAGAGGAUUUGCGUCGUGUGUUCGAGAGAUGUGGCGAAGUCGGCGAUAUUUAUAUUCCCAGAGAUCGUUACACGAGAGAGAGCAGAGGAUUUGCUUUUGUCAGAUUCUAUGAUCGGCGGGAUGCAGAAGAAGCACUGGACUCGUUAGAUGGACGCAUGUUAGAUGGCAGGGAGCUUCGUGUGCAGAUGGCUCGCUAUGGAAGGCCAUCUUCCCCAUACAGAAGCCGUUAUGACCGUCGCCGCAGCCGUUCUCGUGGUAACUCCAGGUCCCGCUCGCGGUCGCGGUCCCGCAGGCGCUCGUACUCUCGCAGCCGGUCCCGCAGCCGCUCCAGGUCCCGCUCCGACUCGAAGAGCUCUCGUGGCCGCUCAAGGAGCCGCUCUCACUCUCGCUCUCGUUCUCGGCAUUGAAGGGCUGAGUUCAGAGGAGCAGUACCAGAUUUGAGCUGAAGGUUUGUGUCGAGCCUGCAGCCUUCAGCUUAAGGUACUAGCUCCCUUCACUUAGAAGUCACAGCCACCCAACCCGACCAACUAUGUUCACAUAGUGGUACAUUCAAUGUAACAAAUUAUCUUAAGUUCCCAAAAUUAGGCUAACAAUUAAACUAUUGUAUCUUAAUUUCUCUUUUUUUCUUAUGUAUAAUUUUGUAUAUGGUUCAAAAACUUUGCAUUGCUGAAAUUAUCCUUCAUCCACAUUAAUUAUUAUGAAUAGUCAUAUUUUCUUUGGAAACUAUAGUUUAACAUAAUUUUAAGUUACUAUAAGGAAUCCCAGCACAGGCUCUGGAAAUUAUCAUUUUUCACAUUUUAGUAUUUUUAAUAAUAUCUUUUAAUACUUAUUGUUAUGUACGUAAUUAAUGAGCACUUAGAUGUGCGACCUUAAUGGUCCUUAGAUAUUUUCAGGUUAAAAUAAUGUCUGGAAGAUCAUGUUCACCAAAGGGCUUAAAUCUAAUUGGGCAAAAUUCGGAAUUAUUUUGGGACAUCCUCCUAGUAUGUGGUAACAAAUACUCAACUUUAUACAAAUCAAUAAAGGAGUCUGUAGAAUGAUAAUGACACCCAUAGAUGUAAUCACAUUAUUAGCAUUUAACAUUUGUCAGCCCGUGUGGUGUAGCAGGCCUCCUUUAUGGUCAUUGGAAUUAAGUCUUUCUAUUGAUGAAAUAUUUGUAGUUACAAGUAUGUUACGAUGCUUAAUACCUAUGUUGUAUUCUAAGAAAUUAUUGUAAUAAAAAAUUGUAACAUUAACUGGAAUGUUGGUAUGCUCAGGGCGUGAGGGCGUGGCGUACGCGGGGAGCGAAGCGGUUUGCGGGGAGGGGGGUAUUGCUGUUUGCUGACAACUGCUGAUUUGCUGUUGUUGCCGUUCAUAAGUUAUGAGUAAACUUUAAUUAUUUAUUGACAAUCGAGACACGCAAAACUUAGGUGACUGGGACACAACCGCAUCGCCUCUUCUCUAGCAUUUGUAAACUAUUUUGUAAGCCUAUUUUAUACUGAGAAUAACAGAGGUCCUAUCAAACCAUGUCUUCAGUUUCACUUUUAAAUCUACAGAAAGUAACGGUUUUAUUAAAAUUGUUAAAUGUCAUCAACAAAUUAGAAUCUUCAUUUAAAUUGGGUAACAUCUAAAUGGGCAUUGACGAUAGGCGACUGCGGCAGACACGCGGUGUGGACUAACAUGUGCGUUUGUUUGGCAGGCCGGUGCAGCUCGCUGGCCUGUGUCCUGUGCUGUUUGCUGUGGCAGUUUCCCGUGCUGAUUGCUGUGUUUGCAGAUACGCGCGUCUCUAACUUUACCGGCAAUGCUACCUCCCCCAGCCCACCGUACGAGAAACAAUAAGUACAUAUGGAACAGGCAAAGGUCCCGUUUCUAUUCUUUUUCUGCAAAGAGCACCUUCUGACAUAGUUUCGGAAUAAAACGGACUUUUCUCUGUGACUAAUAGAAAAUGGUAUAUUUCCAACUAACAUGUUUUUUCGAGUACACAGGGUUACUCAACACAUUUUUUUAGAACUAACAAGAAAGAAGAACAUUGGGAACAUGGCACUGGAUUCUGUGUAGGUUUAUUUGCUUUUAAUAAAUAAAAUAUAGUAUGCUAUA